AUGGAAAGUACAUGUUUGAAUGAUUGUGACUAUGGUCUUCCAUUCCUGAAGACGUUUUUUGAAACGAAUUCGAUACCAUAUGAUCCCUAUCCGGAUUAUGAUAGUGCAACGGGGCAGGCAGAAUGGACUGGAACUUAUAAACGCUGUAUUGGCCCUGAUGGUUCUCUACUAAGCCGUGACAACGUAACAACUGCUAUGAAAGGAUUCAGUUGGAAUCAAUCUGAAUUCCCAGCUCCCAUUUUUGGUUCAUACGAGGCAUGGAGCCUCAACAAUACCCUCUGCACCGAUCACUUUUCUCGAUAUAGCGCAUAUGGCUAUAGAGACAAAACAAAAGACAAUGACGCGGCUUAUAACGGUAGCACAGUACAGUGGAAUAAGGUAAGCUGGGGCCAUCUACAGGAAAAUUGCCUCGAGCUUAAUGCAGAACGAUUCCGAGCUCGUCUGCCUAGACGAAAGUUCUCGACACUUCACAAGGAGCUCGAUACAGAAAACGAGAUAACUAAUGAUGAUGAAGAUAAUUCUCUGCCAAAACAUCAUCCCCGGUCAGCAGUAAUAAUGCGUGGUUGGCUCGGGAUGGAGUUUACGGAAGAUAGUCUAGAGACCAAUGAAUUCAUGAACUCCAGACCAAAAUGUGGCGGGGGGAUUCAAUCAGAACAAGAGCCAAUCUUCCAAGCAGCAUCAUAG